GUUGAAACCCUUGAGAAUUUCAACCAACAGCUUAUGCAACUAUGGAGAGAAGAUAAUCAGCAAGAUGAAAAACUACCUGAGAACACAGACAUUAAUGACUUUACCCUAACUCCUAGACAUGUGUAUGCUAUUGAUACUCUUAUCUCUUAUGAAGA